ACAGAAUCGAAAAAAAUCUAGUGUUUAAUCGUUUGACAAAUCCUAAUCCUUUGAAAAUAAAAUAACGAAGUAAACAAAAAAUAUAAAACGUAUACAGAAUUUGGAAUUUUAUGAGCAGGAUAUUAAGGAUAUCCAAAUAUACGCAUGUGCAAAGGAAUAUGAAAAAGAGCGCAGGUGCGUAAAGUAAAUCUAUCUUGCGUAGAACAUAUACUAAAUGAAGUAAAUACUAAAGUGCAUGUAAUAUAAGUUUCUCUAUGUAUAUAUUUUUGUAUACACGAUUUUGUAAAACAACAUUUGUUGUUGAUGUUUGCAAAUCCAUGUUAUACGUUGAUGUUCCAAGUUAAAUGUGAGUUGGAACGAGCGAUGCUGAAGAAUACCACGAGUUAUUCUGUUUCGUUCAUGAUUUGUCAAUUUCAAACGUUUCGAAAUUCUGAACCUUAUUAUUCUUUUCUUUUAUCUUGCGCCUCAGUGAAAACAGCUACCGUUUCGAACCAAGCAAUUGUUUCCAGAAAGAUUUAGGUUGUUGAGCUUCCGAGAUGCUUUAUAAAAAAGAUAAUCUAAAACAAAUUGAAAAUCGCUUCUCAUUUUCAAUAUCUGUACGAUAUUGGGAAUGUCAGAAUGUUUAGCUCGGCUUGUACUUGGCGAUAAUAAGUGCGUACUUUGUACCAUACGAAUUCAAAAAUUUGCGAUAGGAAAUGUCUUACAGUGAUGGCGGGCGUCCAAUACGAAAGUACGGCACCAAGUCGCCGAAAAAGCUAUGCGUGACUAAGAACGAAAAUAGCGAUAAAACAACAACUACCAUCAACUGCAAUAAUCAUCAUCAUAAUCAUUACCAUCAUAAUCAUCGCUUUCUCGAUACCCCUCAGCCGUCAGUGCACAAACGUAAUCUCUAUAUUGUUUCUUUUCCUUUGAUACUGCUGUUCAAUGUUCUGAGGACACUUCUUUAUCAGUUGUUUGUGGUAUUUAAGUACUUAUAUACAUCUACAUCUCAGCUGAUUCAACGAAGACAAGCUUGCAAGCAAACCUGCCAGCUGGAGAUUGUAGUUGGCCAAAAGUCUAGUGAAAAUUUAAAUAACAAUUUAAACAAUACUGGACAAACUGAAAGCGAGGGAAUGUCGCAAGUGCCUAGAAGGCCAAUCGGCCCUGGCCCUGGAGAUCCGUUACUUGCAAAACAAAAACAUCAUCACCGUAGAGCUUUUGAAUUCAUUAGUAAAGCACUUAAGAUUGAUGAGGAUAAUGAAGGUCAAAAAGAAAUGGCAAUUGAACUUUAUAAGAAGGGAAUUGGAGAACUGGAGAAAGGAAUAGCUAUAGAAUGCAAUGGUGGUCGAGGGGAAGUAUGGGAACAUGCACAAAGACUUCAUGAUAAAAUGCGCACUAAUUUGGCAAUGGCAAAGGAUAGACUUGACUUUCUUGUGAGUGUGUGUGAGCUGAAAAACCUGGAUAUCUGCAAUGAAUAUCGUGCUCCUGGAAAUAAAAUGGACAACGAACAUCCAGAAAAGAAUCUGAGGGUCCGACGUAAUAUACACACAUUACAAACAACUCGAUCUUCUUUAAACACAACUCAUAUUAAAAACACAAACAGUACACAAACAGUGAACAUAGGGCAGAAUACAUGUACCCAAAUUCCCAAGUUAAGGCCACGUUCACCAAAAAACUAUUCUGCCCAUUCUGAAGCAUCUGGAAGAAAAUUAUCUGUUCCUGGAAAAAGAGUGGGCACAGCUAUAAGCAAAAGUCAAACAUUACCACGCAGCAUGGGACGUUCAACACCAGUACAGUCUUGUCAUAGAGUUACACCUAUUAAACCAUCAUCUACACCACCUUCUGUAAAAAGACAAUUAUCAGUACCUGGAAAUGGCUCACCUAUUAGAAGACCAGGAACACCUACGACAUCAAAUAGUAAUAGAGGAACACCUACAAGAAAAGUACCUAUUUUAAAAGGGGUAGAUCCAAAACUUGCACAAGUAAUUUUAGAUGAAAUUUUGGAAGGAGGAACAGCAGUACAUUGGGAGGACAUUGCUGGUCAAGAAACUGCAAAGCAAGCAUUACAAGAAAUAGUCAUCUUGCCUUCAUUAAGGCCAGAAUUAUUUACUGGCUUGCGAACGCCAGCGAGAGGAUUAUUAUUAUUUGGUCCACCUGGAAAUGGAAAAACAUUACUUGCACGUGCUGUGGCUACUCAAUGCAAUGCUACAUUUUUUUCAAUAUCUGCUGCUAGUCUUACAUCGAAAUAUGUUGGAGAAGGAGAAAAAUUAGUACGAGCUCUUUUUGCUAUAGCACGAGAAUUACAGCCAUCUGUGAUCUUUGUUGACGAAGUGGAUUCAUUGUUAAGCGAACGUAGAGAUAAUGAACAUGAAGCUUCACGGCGAUUAAAGACAGAAUUUUUGGUCGAAUUUGAUGGUUUGCCGUCUAAUCCAGAAGAAAGAGUGUUAGUUAUGGCUGCCACAAAUAGACCUCAAGAAUUAGAUGAAGCUGCAUUACGGAGAUUCACAAAACGAGUAUAUGUUACAUUGCCAGAUUUGCGAACAAGGAUUUUGUUACUAAAACGACUUUUAGCUAAACAUAAUGAUCCUUUAACACCGGAAGAGCUAAAUGAAAUGGCAAUUUUAACUGAGGGCUAUUCUGGAAGUGAUUUAACAGGUUUAGCAAAAGAUGCAGCACUUGGUCCCAUUAGAGAACUUAAUCCAGAUCAAGUAAAGGAAUUGGAUCUUAAUUCCGUUCGCAAUAUUACAAUGCAAGAUUUUCGUGAUUCGCUUAAAAGAAUUCGUAGAUCAGUGUCACCUGCAAGUUUGGCAGCUUAUGAAAAGUGGAGCUUCGAAUAUGGUGACGUAAGUCUAUGAUUCUUUGAUGUAUGCUACAAAAGUUACACUAAAAUUUCGGCACAUUCCAACAAAAAAACAAGAAAAAAAUCUUAAUGACGGAAAAUACAAUAAAAGCGAUUUUCUGCGAUAUUAUUACAGAAUGUAAAUAUAGCAGCUUUUACAUUUUCUAAGCUAAUUUAUAAAUGACAUCUAUAUAUAAAAAGAAAAUUAUGAUAUUGCAAAAAGCACUCUUGCUAAGUACAGUUUUUUAAAUCAUAUUACAGCAGCAACACUGUAAUAUUAAUUAUACUAUAUAUAUGGAUACAUUCUAUACUCCAUCCAGUAAUCAGGUAUCAUAGAUUUAAGUUUCACUCUAAACAUGUUGAUAUUAGAAUUCCAAUGUUUGUAGUUGUAUGAUCUAUAUAGAUUUUUGUAACUUUUUUAUUUUACAUUUAAGCAAACCGUGAACUUCAAUUUUAUUAAAUUAUAAUUAAUUAUUCAUUUUCUUGUUAUGGGUUAAUGAGUUUAGUAUAAAUUAUUCUAACAAUAUAAAGGAUAUAAUUGUAACAAUAUGCAUUUUAUAGUGUAAAUAUUUAAUUACUAUUCAAGCACAAUUGAUUUGAAUAAUAUUAAUAGGAAGACUAUAUUUGCAUAUGAAACAACUCACGUCCAGUCAGAUAAUAAAACAAUUAUUGUAAUUGGGUAUACACAAAUGUUGUCAAAUAAGCUAAAAAAUAAAUGAAUAUCUUGGUCUUGUACAAGCAUGUGCUAAAAGUGAAGUAUGCAAGUAGAAUCGUUGUGGGCACGUGAAUUUUGUAAAAAUGACAAUUGCACACUGUAUAACAUAUUCGGGGGAAGUAUCGCAAAUAUUAUUCUUGUUAUGUUUGGUAACAUUUCAAAUAUUCGUUUGACAUUGAAUAGAAAUUGAUUGUUAAAAUAAAGUUAUAUAAUUAAGAUCUCUGAAUAGGAGGUAUCAUGCUUGUCAAAUUAUAUAUCAAUUCCUAAUUUGAUGAGAUUUCUAUGAAACAACGAACUGGAAUUAUAUAUUUGAACUUUGAAAAAUUAAAAAUAUUUAUUAUUUAUAAGUGAAUAUCGGUAAAAAAGUUAAUGUUAUAAUAAAAGUAUGCUACAAGAGGAAGUUGCAUAUAUGAAAGUUUUUGAUAUUCAUCUACUGCUUCAAAUGCUCAAAUAAAAAGUGAUUAUGCUUGUACAAUAUAAUCACUGAUUUAAAACCACAUUUUGCAAAACUGUAAUAUUAAGCUUCGAUAUUAAUACUGUUUCAGUUUGAAGUUAUUAGUUAAUAAUAAUUAUUAAUUUUGCUCAAUGUAUAUUUCUUCAUAAGAGAAGCGUGGAAUGAUUAUUUCUUCAUGUAGUAAUUCGUUACAAUUUUUUCCAUUGAUAAUGCAACGAGUUCGAAGCUUCUCUUGUAUAAUCAGUAGUUAAUACUGACUUAUAGUAUAGUAUAAUCCAUGCGUAGCAUAUUUAACAUAAGGAUUGAAAUUUUUAUUUUAUUUUUGUCAUGUAAUGAAAAAAUGAUUGUUUGUUUCAUUUGUUAGAAUUUUUAACAUUAGUUAUGACCGAUGCACUCAUAGAAAAAUGGUAGUAGCUGUAAAAAGUAUAAAUUUACACUUGCGCAAAGUUGCGCACUUCUUUCUAUUGAACAUGCGAACAUAACUGACAACAUAAAUAAUGCCAAAGUUCAAUCUCAGCAUUGAUUAGUAUAUAAAUGUAUUAAGUUUAGUAUAUGUAUUACAGAAUGCGAUAUGUGAUUAAUUUUGUUUGAAAAAAUUAUGGACUAAAUGUUAAGUUAAUGUUUAAGCUGUUUAUGUUGCGGCAGUAUGAACUGUAUUUUAAAGUUUUGGCCAUAUGUAAAGUAUUUUUCUUUUUUUUUUUCCAUUAAAUAAUUUAUGGUAAGCAUAAGUAAAAUAUUUUUGCCCGAAUUUUAUCGAUCAUCUUGCACAACAGACUGUUAUCAAUAUGGGCAUAUCUCUAUUUACAACCCUGGCCUUCCAUGUUAAAAACACGCUCAGCCUUGAUUAAGUUAUUUUGCUACUUUUAUAAAAUCUUGUAAUAGGAAAUUUCUUAAGAAUAUAAGCAAAAUAAUAAUGCUAAUAUUAAUUAUUGCUACGUAAAAAUAAUCAAAUGUGGAUUAAAAUGUGAAUUGCGUACGGUUGCACGAAUUAUGUAAGUUUUCCUAAUUGUAAAUUCCAACCCCCCAUUUUUCAAUGUUACAUAUUUUGAUAACAGCGUAAAAUUGAUUUUAAAAAAUUCAUAUCCACUUUUAAUAUGCGUUAAUGUGCAAUUUUACUAAAAAGAUAAUAAUUAUUAGCAAAAUAAGUAGUAAUUGAUUUGAUAAAACGUAACAUGAAAAUUGUAAAACUUAUUUUUAUUUCGUGAAUGAUGUGUUCUUCAUAGAUUUUUUUUUCAUUUUUCAUUUUUGAUUAAAUGCCAAAUCUAUAUUUUUCAACAAUAUUAUAAAUUAUGUAAAAAAGUAUGUCGAACAAGGUGACAGAUAUUAUAAUUGUAGAUUGCAAACUAAAAUUUUCGUUGAGCAACUCCUCCUUUUAAUAUAUUAUAUCGUAGCAUUCUUCGCUUGAUGAAACAAUUAACAAAUACAUAUUUAAUUAACGUUGAUAUACUCAGUGACAUCAUGCAAUUAAAUAGUAAUUUUUGAAUGUAACUGAAUAGUAUAGUGUCACUUAUUGUACAAAAAUAUCCUACUUAGUAUUUUGCCGCUGUGUGAUCGAGAUCAAGGAACGCAUGUAUUGUGUGUAAUAAAGUGUACAGUACAAAUUA